AUGAUAAAGUAGUGCAUCAGCCCGAAAAAUAAGUUUAUAUCGGCAUCCGUCUUGUAAAUUUUAACUCCUUAAAAUAUUUUGUUGGUGAGCCCAAAAUAAAAUUAAGAAAAGUGCUUGAUAAUUAUAUUCGUUUCAUAUUUUAAGUCUGUAUUUUCAAUAUUCGACAGAACACGGAAGAUUAGCCAUUUUUGACUUGAUUGUCCAAGUACAAGACAUUUUAAAGAAAUGCGACGUCUAAAUCCAGACUCCAAAUCUCAAAGCAGAUGCGAGAUGGUGAUCAUUAUCCUAACUUUCAUUCUCUGCUUUGUGUUCUUUUUCAUUUCAAUUCUCGCCAGCUCAGCGAAAAUGAUUUCUCAGAUAUGGUGGCCUAUUGCAGUUUUCUGUGGCAUCUCGUCCUUAGCAAUUUGUUCUGUCUGUGUAACUUUUUCAAUGAUUUAUCGUCAAGAUGAUCUCCUACAUGACGACUUUACAGAGGUUUCAGUGCAAAGAAUUGUAUCAAAAUUUUCUCGAGGCAAGGAAAGAAAUGUGCAGAACAAUGAAGGAUUAGAUUUCGGAGACAACAGUUGCACUGAAGUCUCCGGACGAACUAUGACUGUCAGUGACAGAGGUGAUACGGCCAUGUUGGAAGAUCUUCGAAACAAAAUCAAGAAUGAAAUAUUUCCAUCUUCGUCUUCACAAGGGGCUGGAAUAUUUUAUGUGAAAGGCAGCGAAAUUCAAUCUAUAGAGCUCCAAGAGUUGUAAAGAUAAUAUUUUGAUAUUCCUAGUUUGAAAGCUAAAACUCUUAAAAACGUAGUAAAGAUAAAAGUGUUUUAUACAGUUUCAGACUUUCGGCCACUGUUAUGCAACACAUGAAUUCUUUUUUUGUUAAACGCCAAUAAAACUAA